AUGUGGCACUGCGUGUCAGACAAUUUUGAUGUUAUUGCUAUUGUGAAAUCCAUCAUUGAAUUGGCUACAAGUGGAAGAUGUGACCUGCCCGACAGCAUCGAACUAUUGCAGAAGAAACUUGAUGAAGUCAUUGGCCAGAAGAGAUUUUUACUUGUUCUCGAUGAUGUAUGGAAUGAAGAGAAGAGGAUGUGGGAGGAUGAAAUGAGGCUACUAUUGUGUUCUGUUGGCGGACCAGGAAGUGUUAUAGUGGUCACAUGUCGCAGCAAGCAAGUGCCCUCUAUAAUGUGCACCAUUAAGACCCAUGAGCUAACAUUUCUUACUGGAGAAGAUUCAUGGGAACUAUUUUUGGACAAAGCAUUUGGAAAUGGUGUAGAGAAGCAAGCAAGGUUAGUCACCAUCGGAAGACGUAUUGUCAAUAAAUGCGGGGGGCUGCCUCUUGCUUUGAAGACAUUGGGUGGAUUGCUGAGUUCAAAGCAAGAAGUGCUGGAAUGGAAGGCCAUCGAAGAAAGUAGCAUUGGGGAUAAUGAUUAUGAGGUCAUACCUAUAUUAAUGUUAAGCUACAAACACCUGUCAGCUGAAAUGAAGCAAUGCUUUGCAUUUUGUGCUGUUUUCCAGAAGGAUUAUGAGAUGGAGAAGGAUAUGUUGAUCCAACUUUGGAUGGCAAAUGGCUUUAUUCAAGAAGAGGGAACAAUAAAUUUAGCUGUGUUCACUCGGAGUCUGACAAUAACUGAGGACAACCAGAAGUAUGGUGCCAGCGGUGACCGCUGGUUCUUCUGGAGACUAGGUUACAUCAACCCAACUAUACCACUCUGUGAUGGUAGCGUCAGGAAAGUCCAAGCUGUUAAGCAAAUCUGCAUGAAUGUCUUCCCUGGUUAG